AUGGUGCUGCCACUGCCCAAACUCAUCCAAUCGAAUGAAGGGAGAGUGUUAUACCAUGUUACAAAUCACCCAAUAAGGACAGUUAAAAAAAAAAUCGAAAAUUUCUUCAAAUAUGAAUCUUUGGAUAACCUAAGCAGUGAUAUCAGUGUGAGGCAAAACUUUGAUGAACUUUUCGUUCCGCUCACACAUCCCGCUAGGAACAUAAAGGAUACGUUUUACUUAAAUGAAAAUUACGUAAAUCAUUUUUCAACUCUCCAUAAUGAUAUGUAUACUCAUCUAGAGAAUACCAAUGGCAUUUAUAAGUACUACUUAGUUACGAAAUUGCUGCACCAUCACAAGGUCCUUCUGAAAAGGACACAUAUGACUGCACAUUUACCUGACCUGUUAAGGCGAAAUUAUAAAAAUGUUAUCUACACUGGAAGUGUCUACAGAAGGGACGAAAUCGAUAGGUUCCACUUUCCCAUUUUUCAUCAGACCGAUGGGUUUCUGAUCCGUCCCGACAAUUUUGACGUUGAAACGGAUUUGAAGAAGAACCUUCAACAGUUGAUUCGCUACUUGUUCGAUGCUUCCGACAUAAAAAUGAAAUGGGAAGAUAACACGUCCUUCCCGUUUACGGACCCAUCGUAUGAGCUGUACAUCCAAGGGGUAUCGUCAGGGGGGACUGGGAAGACUCGAGAUGACAACGAGGAUGGGGGUGCAGGCACUUUACAUGGAGACCCUCGCGGUGGGGAACCCCGCUGGGUGGAAGUCCUCGGGUGCGGGAAAAUCAAAAGGGAAGUCAUCGCAAUGGCUCUACACUGGGAAGAUAUACGCCAAAUAAUAGAGGACGAGAUUGCCCGCCAUGACAGGGGCCUCCUGGGCGAGCUCCAGUCGAUUGAGGCUGCCAGGAGUGAGGCCGCCAGGAGUGAAGCCGCCUCGAGUGAAGCCGCCUCGAGUGAAGCCGCCGCCAGCGAACCCACCGCCAGCGAAGCCGCCGCUGAAUGGAUCGCCCCCAACGUGGCUACCCCCAAGGAUAUCCUGGACAAGCUCUGCAGCGCCCCCCUCAACAACCGAAUUGAAGCCCAAAUGAACAAAUUCUUAAAAACAAUUAGGUACCAAGGAUGGGCCUUCGGAAUCGGACUUGAACGACUAGCCAUGCUACUCUACCACAUCCACGACAUACGCUUGUUCUGGAGUAACGACAACAGAUUCAUAGAUCAGUUUGAGGAAAACGUAAUAACCACAUUCCAUCCCUUCAGUAAUUUCCCUCCUGUGGAAAAAGACAUUUCUUUUUAUGUCACCAGUCAAUUUAAAGAAAGUUUAUUCUUUCAAAUUUGCAGAGAUGUAGCUAGCGAAAAUAUCGAGCAAGUAAAAAAAAUUGAUUCCUAUUACAACCCCAGAAACAAUCAAACGAGUGUCUGUUAUAGAAUAACUUAUCGGUCCCACAGUCAGAACCUUACCCAUAAGGCUGUAAAUGAGCUACAAAUGUAUCAUUAUGGGGAAAACUACCAACUUAACCCAUUAAUUGGGAAACAAUCUCUUCGUAACAGUUUGUAUAUGCUAAACGAGGGUACCAAACAGCCAAGGAACAUCCAGUUCGACAUGAUCCCGCCAAUUAAGGGGAACACUUUGCAGUAUAUGAGGAAGGAGAUGUUGUCUAUGGACAGCUUCAUUAUGUUCUCGAAUCGCUUGGAGUGCAGCAGGAAUGACUUGACUUCGUAG